GAGGCGGCCAGGGGAGGGCCCUGCUCAGCCACCCCCACCCCCACCCCGGGCCUGGAGAGCUGAGGAUUAGGGGACAGAGAGAAGGAGCCCCCAGUCAUGUCACCCAGGGCCCUGCCCUCCCUCUGCGUCUGUGUUCUAGUCCUGGCCAGUGCUGUGGUGUGCCAGGAAGAAGUGUCUGCAGGGACCCCGAGCCCAAGCCCACCAAGGCAGGAGACAAGUCGCUGGAGCCUAGUGCGGGAAAAGAUGAAGGAGCUGGUGACCAAGACCAGAGAGAGGUGGCAGUGGCUCUGGGCCUUUCAGGGCUUCGUGCGGACCUACUACGAUGACCACCUGAGGGAGCUGGGCCCCCGCACCCAGGCCUGGCUGCGCAACUCCAGGGACAGCCUCCUGAACCAGGCCCAGAGCCUGUGUCCCCGGCUCCUCUGCAGGGAGCAGGACGCGGCUUAAAGCGUCCCCGGAAGCCCCCUGCCCUCCAGCCUCCCCAUUGUCCACAAUAAAGAAACUAGGAUCCCUCCUCGC